GUUACAUAGACUUCUGAUAAAUUACUUUUGUGACGUAAGAGAUUUUCUACACAGAAAAAACGCCUGCAACGUUUACUAUCCGCAAGUUCGCCUAAUUAACAGUGUUUCUGUCCAAUCUUAAGUAUGAAUUUCUGACAGUUUUUAUGCACGUCAACAGUUUUCACCGAGCUGCAGUGAACAUACCGCUGACAUGCUUUCUUAGCGGUCUAUUCGGAUUGGGAGGAUUUUUAACUCGACAAUAUGGGAGACGAUUUGGGCGACGAUUGGUGGAAGCAUAAAGAUGCAUCUGAAGCAGAGGAAGAGACCGAGCAGGAGAAGCAGCCAGCAGAGAAAGCAAAGACCAAACCAGAGAAGAGGAAGAGGAUGACUGAGAAAAGCCCUAAAGCCAAGAAGAAGAAAAAUAAUGAUCAGAAAGAGUUUACAGUUCCUCAUAAGAAAGAGGUAGAAGAAGAGCAGUCAACUGAACACCGGAGGAAGAGAAAAAGAAAAAAGAAGACCAUCACAGACAUCUUGGCCACCUCGGAGCCAAAGCCGGGCAGUGCGGCCGACCUGCAGGAUCUGGUUACUCAGUACUUCUCAGACAAGCGCUCAGUGAUCGAGCUGGAGGAUCUCAAACUGCAAAACUCCUCUUUCCUAUCCAGUAAUGACUUGACACACACACUCUCCUCUUAUCUGAAACAAGUUUGUCCCAAGUGGGCAAAGAUCCAAAAGCAGCAUACAGAAAAGAGUUCAGUGGUUAUACUGAUUGUCUGCAGCUCUGCGCUUCGAACUAUUGACCUCAUUAAGCAGCUGACUGCUUUCAAGGGUGAAGCCAAAGCAGUGAAACUUUUCGCAAAGCACAUCAAGAUAGAGGAGCAGGUCAAGCUGCUGCAGAAAGGCAUCACACACAUUGGCGUAGGAACACCAGGCAGGAUCAGUGCUCUCAUUGAGAAAGAGGGUUUGAACCUGCAGGCUUUGAAGUACCUGAUUGUUGAUUGGAACUGGAGGGACCAGAAGCUUAGGCGGAUGUUGGACAUUCCUGAGAUCAAACUGGACUUUAUGAAGCUGCUGGAGAGUGGAGUCCUGACUGCUUGUAAAGAAGACAAAGUUAAAAUAGGACUAUUUUAAUUGAACAUCCGUGUGACGUGUUAUUGUUUUAAAUGAACACAGAGAGGCUUCAUACUGUUUGUUUCCUAUCGUCUUCAUUUUUUUUUAUCAAUAUAAACAGACAUUUCUUGGAGUUUUUUCCAGGUCUGGGUUAGUAUUGCACAAAGGAAACAUGUGAAAAAAUGUUUUAAGUUUCCAGAUUACAUUUUUUAUUCAGUUUUCUAAAAGAUAAUCUGAAUUUACCCCCAAAAAAUCCUUUUUUACAUGUAAAUGCCCCAUCACAUUUUGAUGUUUGUCUUUUUUUUUUUUUUCCAGUAGGUCACAGACCCCAUAUUCUUUCAAAAUCAAAAAAAGGGCAUUCACUCCUCUUUUGGCCUCUCAACCACUUUAAAUCAGUUUUAAACUGGACCUUGGGUCUGGUUGUAAUACUAAGCAAAGCAUCUAUCCUGGUGUUUUAUUUUUUCAAAUAUAAGUAAAAGGCAUGACAAAAUCUGUAUUUAAUAAUCAAAUAGAAGACAACCUCAGAGUGAUGUUUCAUGUAAGCUGUACUUCCUUUAACUAGAAUGUUAUGAAACCUGCUUAAAAAUGCAGAAAGUAUGGAUAACUGUGACGUUAGGUGGAAAUGGUGAAGGAACCAUUAGAUUGUGUAAAAUAUCUGUGUAUGUGUGAUGCAUGCAAUAAACUGGCUCAGAAUAAAACCUCCAAA